CCCCCUCAUUUGAAAAUUGCAGGGCUAUGUCCACGUGAAGAGCUUGCUCACUUCAGACUCCUGUGUCCCUUCGAGCAACCCCUUCCAAACCCCAUUGGAGAUGAGCACACACGCAGCUCCUGUCCCUCCUCCCGCUUCCUGGCAGCUCUCCUCUCCCUCCACCCUGGGGAGUGUUGCUAGGGUGCCGGGCACAGGACCUCACCCUGUUUUCUGGGACUUGGGAGGAUAGCACCUCCGCAGUGGCUGGUGUCUCUGCUUGAGGCCCUCAGUGGUGGGAGGGGACUUCUGCCCUUCUUGACAGGUGAGGCAGCAGAGGCACACGGAAAAAAGAUGACUUUUCCAAGGUCACCUGGGACUCCUGGACCUUGCCCGCCUCCGGCGGCCCCCUCUGAGGGCAAGUCAGGGCCUGGCACACCCCAGUGGCUUGUGGCUUGGCUGGAGCAGAGGCAGGGUGGGGAGCUCUCGCUCACCCGCCCCACCUGUGCCUUAUCUUGCAGCGUGCUGACUCCACUCCCUGGACCUCGGCAGGAUGGAAGAGAAGCUGAAGAAAACCAAGAUCAUCUUCGUGGUGGGAGGGCCUGGCUCAGGGAAGGGCACACAGUGUGAGAAGAUUGUCCAGAAGUACGGCUACACCCACCUCUCCACCGGGGACCUCCUGCGGGCCGAGGUCAGCUCGGGCUCGGCCAGGGGCAAGAUGCUGUCGGAAAUCAUGGAGAAGGGGCAGCUGGUGCCACUGGAGACAGUGUUGGACAUGCUCCGAGAUGCCAUGAUGGCCAAGGUAGAUACUUCCAAAGGCUUCCUGAUCGACGGCUACCCUCGGGAAGUGCAGCAGGGGGAAGAGUUUGAGCAGAGGAUUGGACAGCCCACACUGCUGCUGUAUGUGGACGCAGGCCCUGAGACCAUGACCAAGCGGCUCCUGAAGCGUGGAGAGACCAGCGGGCGUGUGGAUGACAAUGAGGAAACCAUCAAGAAGCGGCUGGACACCUACUACAAGGCCACAGAACCUGUCAUCACAUUCUAUGAGAAACGUGGCAUCGUACGCAAGGUCAAUGCUGAAGGCUGCGUGGACAGCGUCUUCUCCCAGGUCUGCACCCACCUGGAUGCCCUCCAGUAGCAGCGCGGAGCCCCUUCCCCCUCAGCCCAGCCCCACCCCUGCCUGACUCAGGAGCCCUGGCCUGAGCUCAGCGCCUCCACCCUGCCCGGCUGGUCACAGACAGAGGAAGCCACUUUAUCCUGUUUUCAUGGACAGCUGAGCACUAAAGGAAUUUCCGAGGACAUUCGGUUUUACUCCUUUUUCUUCGCUUCCAUUGGGGUUGGUUUAUGUGGGAUGGCCGCCCGGCCUUGAGUCCCAGCCCCCCCUUCCUCCCUGGGCCCCUCAGCCCACCUCAGCCAGCUGCUCCUCCCCGGGCUCUGGUGGAAGGCCCAGGACCCCUCCUCACAAGGCCACGCCAGGCCUGGGGAUCCAGCUGGGGAUCCAGCGGGCCCGAGGCAGGGUCCAUGCUCUUGGCGCCUCGGGUCAGGCAGAGCUGGGCCUGGGCCUGGCUUCCUCUGCAUCCUUGCUGUGUGGCCUUGGCCCUGAGCCCUCAUCUCUCUGAGCCUGUUUUCUGUGCCUAACCCCCGCUGGGGACUGAGCUCUCAUAUGCAGUGAAGCUGUGGGGGGCUUCCUGAUAGUGGGGGUGGCACACAUUAGCCGGUCAAGUGGGCAGUGACUUGGUCUCCUCGGUGCGAGAAGCCCUGAGGGUCUGAAAAGGGCGUCAGGAUUGAACUGGUGUGUGUGUGUGGGGGGGUCAUGGUCAGUAGUGCCCCUCUGAGGAGGUGAGACCUGAAGGGCUUCCCACCAGGUGGCCCCGGACAGGUCACAACCUGUCCUUUCUAAGCCCACUUCAAAAUUUCAAUUAGGCUCAGUGACCCCCCCAGGUUAGCAAGAGUACACUAAGCAGAGGGUGUGAGCCAGAGACCAUGGCAGCCUUGGGGAUAUGCCAGGCCUGGGUGAUUUGGGGAGGCCCCAGAAUCCCCUGGGGAGAACCAUCUUCCCCUUUCUGUUCUCUGUCAUCCUCUGACCUCAUCAUGGAGAAAGGCUCCAUUUGGUGCUCAUGUGUCCUUAACACCUUUCCCAGCCCCAGCAGGUCCCUUAAAGCCUAGAGAGCCCUCAGCGGGCCCGGGCCCCACCUGGCCACAACGAAACCCUUGUGUUCUGACUGUGCCCACUGUGUGUCCCUUCUAUUUAUGGCAAGUGUGGCUGGUUUUCCAUUUACAUUAGUUAUUUAAGCUUUCCUUUAAAAUAAACGUAUUUAAGUUCUAAAA